GGCUUCCGGGUGGGGCAGGGCCUCAUCGAGCGGUUUACAAAAGAUACUUCCAGAUUUAAGGAUGAAUUAGAUAUUAUGAAGUUUAUUUGCAAAGACUUUUGGACAACUGUAUUCAAAAAACAAAUAGAUAAUCUCAGGACCAAUCAUCAGGGUAUUUAUGUACUUCAAGACAAUAAAUUUCGUCUCUUGACACAAAUGUCCGCAGGAAAGCAGUAUUUAGAACAUGCACCAAAGUAUCUAGCAUUUACCUGUGGACUAAUCAGAGGAGGCCUAUCCAAUUUGGGAAUAAAGAGCAUUGUAACAGCAGAAGUUUCAACGAUGCCAGCAUGUAAAUUUCAGGUGAUGAUACAGAAGAUGUAGAACAUUUUCCAAUCAGGGUAUCUACCUUAAUCUUUUGUGUAUAUGAACUCAAUAUCUUGAUUUUGCUUUAUUUUGUGUAGCUUG